UGUAGUAGCUUGGAAACUUGCCCCUCUGCUUGCGGCUUAGCUCAUCAGCCCUCCCCGUGGGCGGGGACAAGGCUGCUGUAUGGUUAGGUUGAGUCUCGCUGCGUGCGUCUAUAACUUUGUGUUGCUUGCUGCUGCUGGUGGUUAGGAGAAGGAAUGUGGAAGUCAGUAGAGUGCAGGGUGACAGGCUGGUCGGGCGAGCUGCAGCAGCAGCAUUAUUUCUCCCUGGCAGAUCAUUUGCUUUUCCCCUUCUGUUUACAGAGGUAUCGUACGGUUUUUUGCUUUCUCCUCCUUUGCCUUUAAAGGGAAGGCGACUAGAAGCUGAAGACGCAGCAGCAGGAGAAUCAGGAAACCAUGCACCAGCGCUGCUUUUUCCUCCUGUGAAUCUGGAUCUUUAUUUUUGCUGGAGAGGGUAGAGGUUGCUGCUGGUUCUUCCCCUUCCCUCCUUCCCCGGCCGAUGUGUCUUUCUCUGCCUCUUUUGCCAGUGUUUUUUAAAUGACUUGAGCGAAGGGGGGAAAACUGUCAAGAUGGCAGCAGCAGGAGCAAGGAGGUUAUGAAUGUGGUGUUGAUGCUGGAACAAAACCCAUCCUCUUGGCAGCCCUACGGAGGGCUUAAAGCUUCUGGACCUGUUGGAAGACUGGUGAUUUGAUUUGUUUUUGUUUUGCUUUCCUCGCAAGAAGGGUAAAAAAUCCAGAGUGGCGUUUUCUUCCCCUGUUCGGUUGGUUGUGAAAUUUAGUUUUGUAUAUAUAGAGCUAUAUAUUUUUUGGAAAGUGGAAUGCAUAACUACGGCAAAUGCUAGUGUGCAAUUGGAGGUACAUUAAGACUUCAGCUCCCUUUGGGGCGUUUUGAAGGAGGAAAAAGUCAUCAAUGUAAUGUGAAGGACCCCUCUCUCUUUUCCCCGGACAGAGAGAGAGAGAAAAAGGAAAAGAUCUACCAGAGCAGCCGGGAGCAGGCUUGGUGGUGUUGGAGGGGUCUCUCUCCGAUGGAUACAGCGUGAUUGCCAGUGGAGCACUUCUGCAGCUGCAUGGAGUGAAACAUAAACAAACACACACCACUGAGCUGCACCAACUCCACUGCGUUUGGGCUGCUGUUGGCGCCGUCCCCCCACCCAUCUGGUUCCAGAGGCGCAUCUGGAACCUCUGGCCUCGCCUGAUCCCUUAUUGAUCGCCUUGUGAUUAUUAGUAGUAUUUUGUGUGUGUGUGUGCACUGUCUGCUGGGAGAGGGGGCGGGGGAAGGCAGGAGGCUGCAGGACUUUAAUGGAGAGUGGCAUGUUCACUCGCUCCCCCCUGCCUGGUAGGCACUGAUCCGCAGCGGCAGGAGGAGGACUGGGGUCCGGACCUGUCUAUCCCAUCGCAGCACCAGGAGCAGCAGCAGCGGGAGGAGGGGAAGCCAAGAUGGCAGAGGCGUCUCCCCCUGCCCCCCUCUCCCCUCUGGACGUGGAGCUGGACCCCGAGUUCGAGCCCCAGAGCCGGCCCCGCUCCUGCACUUGGCCCCUACAAAGGCCUGAGUUGCAGGCGAGCCCGGCCAAGCCCUCGGGGGAAGCGGGCGCGGACGCCGCCUCCAUGAUCCCCGAGGAGGAGGACGACGAGGAGGAAGGGGGCAGCUCGCCCAUGGCCAUCGGCAGUGCCGUGCCCGGCGGAGGGGAAGCGCUGGCUCCGGAGGAGGCGGCCCGGCUGCUGACCCCGCUGUCCGGGGUCGGGACGGAGGGCUCGGGCCAGGCCCCCGGGGCAGCGGCGGCUGGGGGCAGCGGGCUGAGUGGGGGGCAGCCGGCGGCGGCGCCGCGGAAAUGCUCGUCCCGGCGGAACGCGUGGGGCAACCUGUCCUACGCCGACCUGAUCACCCGCGCCAUCGAGAGCGCCCCGGACAAGCGGCUCACCCUGUCCCAGAUCUACGACUGGAUGGUGCGCUGCGUGCCCUACUUCAAGGAUAAGGGCGACAGCAACAGCUCGGCCGGCUGGAAGAACUCAAUCCGGCAUAAUUUGUCACUUCACAGUCGAUUCAUCAGGGUACAGAAUGAAGGAACUGGGAAAAGCUCUUGGUGGAUGAUUAAUCCAGAUGGUGGAAAAGGUGGGAAGCCCCCACGGAGACGCGCUGUUUCAAUGGACAAUAGCAACAAAUACACAAAGAGCAGAGGCCGAGCAGCUAAGAAAAAGGCAGCCCUGCAAGCUGCACAAGAAGCUACCGAGGACAGCCCGUCUCAACUUUCCAAGUGGCCAGGGAGCCCAACUUCCCGCAGCAGUGAUGAGCUGGAUGCUUGGACAGAUUUCCGCUCUCGUACAAAUUCAAAUGCCAGUACAAUAAGUGGCCGUUUGUCACCGAUAUUGGCGAGUACCGAACUAGAUGACGUUCAGGAUGACGAUGCUCCACUUUCUCCAAUGCUGUACAAUAGUCCAUCAAGCAUGUCCCCAUCGGUAAAUAAACCAUGUACUGUUGAAUUGCCUAGGUUGACUGAUAUGGCAGGCACAAUGAACUUGAAUGAUGGACUGACAGAUAACCUCAUCAUGGAUGAUCUUUUGGACAAUAUAACGCUCCCCUCUCCCCAGCAGUCACCAUCAGGGGGGCUCAUGCAAAGAAGCUCCAGUUUUCCAUAUGGUUCCAAAGGUUCCGGACUUGGUUCUCCAUCAAGUAAUUUCAACAGUGCUGUGUUUGGACCAUCAUCUCUGAAUUCCCUUCGUCAGUCUCCCAUGCAGACCAUUCAAGAGAACAAGCAAGCUACCUUUUCUUCCAUUUCUCAUUAUAACAACCAGACGCUGCAGGAUCUGCUGGCAUCUGAGUCACUUAGUCACAGUGAUGUCAUGAUGACGCAGUCUGAUCCACUCAUGUCUCAAGCCAGCACUGCUGUGUCUGCCCAGAAUUCACGCAGGAGUAUCAUGCUUCGUAGUGAUCCAAUGAUGUCAUUUGCUGCUCAGUCCAGCCAGGGAAGUUUGGUCAAUCAGAACCUGCUCCACCACCAGCAUCAAUCUCAGAAUUCUUCUCUUGGUGGCAGUCGUGCCUUGUCAAAUUCCAUCAGUAACAUGGGCUUAAAUGAUACGAACAACUUAGGGUCGGCCAAACACCAGCAGCAGUCACCCCUCAAUCAGUCUAUGCAAACCCUUUCUGACUCACUCUCAGGAUCUUCUUUGUAUUCCACUAGUGUGAACCUUCCAGUCAUGGGGCAUGAUAAAUUCCCAAGCGAUUUGGACCUGGAUAUUUUCAAUGGAAGCUUGGAAUGUGACAUGGAGUCCAUUAUCCGCAGUGAACUCAUGGAUGCAGAUGGGUUGGAUUUUAACUUCGAUUCCCUCAUCUCAGCUCAGAACGUUGUCAGUCUGAAUGUGGGGAGCUUCACUGGUGCUAAGCAGGCUUCGUCACAGAGUUGGGUGCCAGGCUGAAGGAUCCUUGAGAAAAGGGGAAAUGGGCAAAGCAGGCCCUUAAACUGACAUGAGACCUAAAGAGAGAACCCUUUGCCAAAUCUGCUGUCAGCAAGUGGACAGUGAUACCGUUUACAGCUUAUGAUCUUUGUGAACCCUGCAUUAUUUUCCUAAUGAAGCAGAGACUGUUAAUGGGCCCCUUAUCCAAGCGAAGAGCCUCCUUUUUCGGAAUUGAACUCGUUCUAAAGUAUGCAAAAUCUUCCUUUUAUGGGAUGGUCAAGCACCUACUGUGGAGACAAUGUUCAGCGCCAUCCUGUUGAGAACACACUGUGUAGCCUUUACCGUAGUUAUUUGUCAAUGAGUAUGUGGUGUUUCAAUAUAUUAAUGGUUUAUGGGUUAUUUUAAUUUGGCUUCUAUUUUGGGGGGUUUCCCCAUCUCACCCCUCUAACCUUCAGUUUGUUUGUUUUUUUAAAGAUGUUUUAACCAUUUUCUCUUUCUCUCCUUGUGCAUCUGAAAUACAGUGUAUGCACAAUGAAAGGCUAUACUAAUUACCAUUACCCAACAUAGCUUCAGACAUCAGCACUACCUGAGUAUGUAGCAUUCAUUACACCAAGCAACUGACUGAAGUCCAGAGAGAGAUGGCUUGUGGGUUUGGUUUUGUUUGUUUUUUGACUUUUUUUCAAAUCUUUUCUUCAAUUUAAUGGUACAUACCUUGUUUUUCCAUAAACAUCAAACCAGAGUUGAUUACAUAACAAGAGAAACUAGCAAGGUUGCUAGUUGCCAGUCCUGUCCAGUGUUUGUAAGGACUGAGUGAGGGUGCCAUUUCAUAGUGUUUACUGAUUCAGCACCUGAUUGAUUUGAUCGAUCUCACCUAUUGCAUUAUGUUAGCAGAGCUGCCCUAAUGGUUGCAGUGAAUAGAAUUAGUCUGCCUCAGCAGUUUGGAAACUGGUUGAUCUUAAAACAAGUAAUAAGAUAAGCUGUCCACCCAACACAGGUUGAAUGUAACCACUUGUAAGGAAAUGGUUUAAAAAGGAAAGGGAAGUAAAAUAUAUGACAUUGCAGAAAAGAUAACUUACAGUAUAUGCAUCAACAGUGACUUACAGUAGAGUCAUCAGAAGUUCAAAUGCAGAUCACUGCAGGGUAAGUUAUUACAUCAGUGAUUUUUCUUACAUACAUAUCCUUGAUUAUUUUUUCCUUCUCACUAUGCGUAACCCAAUCUGAAAGAAGAAGCUGUAGAGGGAAAGGCAAGAAAGUAAUGCUAUACAAACGGCUUUUCAUAUAAGCUUAGAUAGUAAUUGGAUAAAUGACACUGAAAGACAAGGCAGUUUUAUAUGUUUUGCUUAUAUGGGUUUCUUUUGUAAAAUGAAUAACAAUGAAUGAAUAAUAAUGAAUAAAAGGUAUGGUGCUGCUGUAUAGAUUCUCUCUAUAAUCUGGAAAGCUUGAUUACUUUUUAUUACUAUUUUUUGGGGGGGGAGGAAAAAAGAGGAGGAAACACCAAUGGUACAUAAGAACUUGGUAUGAAGACGCUCUGAAUAGGACAGUGUAUACAUACUUCUCCAAAGUGAUAUAUGAAGACUUUUUUCUUUGCAUAAAAGCAUUAUGCAUAUAAAUAUAUAAAUAUAUUUUAUUAUGUACAGAAAUGGAUCAUUAUGCAUGGAUGUUAGGAAAACAAGCUAGCAUUUUAACCCAAAGUUUCAGUGCAUGAGUUCCCACUGACACACGUACCAUGCAAUGUAGAGUGACUCCCUUUCGGCACCACCACACAUGCACGCAUACACACACACACAAACUCACACACACAUUUGUGGGCCCCAUCUUGCUCCUUACUUUCCAGUUCCCUGAAGUAAUAUUGGUGAAAUAACAGCUCCUAGUGUGAUGGAAAAUUUGUUUUGUAUUGUAACCUCCUCAUGCUUGUGCUGUUCUAUUUUAUAGAUGAACCUGUUGAUUUCAUCCUGCCCUUUACUGAAUAUGUAAACUCUGUGCAGUUGUGAUUAUAGUAGACCCAUAGCAUAUCAAGCAGCUAAGAGUUUAUCAUUUUCAUUAAAUGAAACAACAUUUUUUUAAAUUAAGGUGGUCUAUUUAUCAAUGGCAGGGACUAGUUUAUUGUUUUUUUCUUUAUCAUCAGAAUUAGUUGAUGAUUCACAUUACUGAUCUUCCCAUUUGAGGUGAUAUUUCGGGUAACCAGCUACCCAGUACGAUAAUGGUGUACAGCAGUCAUCUGUUUUAGGGGUCAGUUCACUUACAGGAGUCCAGAUGCAGGCACCUUUUACCAAAGUUAGUAAAGAGCUUUAUUGCAAGCCUUCACUGUACUCGGUGUGUAUAACAGUAUCUGUCAGGUUUUUGGUACAUCAUUAAAUGUGAAUUAAACUGAGGGUGUUUUUCUUUCUUUGUCUUCUGUGGUAUUAUGCUUGCUGAUUGACAAUUUUUAAUCUUAAAGUCUCACUCUCUGAUUAAUAGGAGGGCUGUGCACAAGUACUCUGGUACAAAGCAGGCUUUGUGUUUAUUUCUGGUGUGACAUUUUGUUGAACUAUCUAUUGUCCACUGGAGGAUGGAAUACAUCGUGGUGCAGUCGUAGAGCAAGCAGCAGAUUCUCCCUUUCACACAGUCUAAUUUAAGGCAGGUUACAAAUACAUAGGUAGUACAGGAUUAUGUUACUGUAUCUACCUACCAUAUAUAUCUACUGACUGCACCUUUUUUAUUUGGAUUUCUUGGGAGAAAUAUUGGACUGACCUGUCUGCUGAUGUAACUUAAAUGGGAUAGUGCCAACAGAAAAUUUGGCCCACUUUAUAGAGUAGAGUAACAAAACAUAUUGGACCAAAUUCUGCUCUCAAGUUACGAUGAUGUAAAUCUGGACUAACCGAAGGUAGUGAGUUACUACAGAUUUACAGCACUGUCUUUCCCUGAUGCACAACCCAAGCGCCCGGGCUGUGCUCUAGGGAUCUUCUUGGGAGCAGGAACAAGGAAUCCACCACUCCAUAGCUGGUACUCCAGCAUCAGAGCAGGAAUAGCCUUAGCACUGCCUUGCCUGUGUGUCCCCUCUGCAGCGGGGAACGGCCAUCGGAUCCACUGACUCUGCCCCAUCCCCAAAUUCCUUCUGGGCAGUACAUUCUGGAGGUGAGCUCCGCGUCUUCAGAUAGUCAACGCCUGCAGCCCCACACUGCAGCAGAACUGCACCUCUUCUUCCACUGCAGGCAGAACCUGCUUGUACCCAUUUUGGAGGACAGCAUUUAUGCCAGUGACCAGGAUUUGCCCAAUCAUUCACAGUUGCACAUAAGGAGAUAUGGUCCAAUGCUGCAGUCUUUACUCAGAUGAAAUCUCCCAUUAAAUGGGCUUGCCUGUAUAAGGAUUGCAGGAUUGGGUUGUUAGAGUCCUUUCUUAAUACCAGCAAAGUUCUGUUUUGACGUUAUGACUACGGCGACAAAGACGAGUCAUUUUAUUUUUUCUUGGUACGGAACUAAUAUGUCUAAUGGAAGGGAAAGACUGCUUGUUUGAACAUACUGGGCCAGACUUUGUUACUGCAGUGUUAAUGCAGCGUGACUCCCAUGAGAUCAGUGGAGUUACGUCAGAUUUACAAAAUAUGGUUCACUUUUUUUAUAAAAUGAAGAAAAAACAGUAGGUUCAGAGACAUCCAAUCAAUGGCAGAGAAGUUAUAGAACCUUCCAAACAAAUCAAAAUCAAAGCACAAGCAAAUAAGGGGCCUAAUCCUGCUCCCAUUGAAGUUAAUGACAAAACUCUCAUUGGCUUCCACAGUGCAGUUUUGGGCCCCUAGUGUUGGGGGGGAGAAAACCUGCACUACCUGAGGAGGGAUGGACUAGAAAAACAUAGAUUUUUUCUCUCUCUAAUUUUGGUGGCCAACAUUUUCAAACUUAAAUAUGUAAAGUUAAGCACCUCAGGCUUGAAUUUUCAAGGGGCAUAAGGGAGUUAGGUGCUCUGCUUUCAUUGCUUUUCAGUGGGAGUAGGGUGCCUCACUCAUUGAGACCCCUUGGAAAAUCCCAGGCCAAAAUGUACAUUUAGGUACAUAAAAAGUGCCCCGAUUUUCAGAGGUGCAGAAUAGUCACAUCUCGUAGAGAAUCCAGCGGCAGUCACGGGGACUGAGCACCUUUGCAAAUCACUUAUUUAGGUGCCAAAGUAUGGAUUCAGAAACUCGUUUUUGAAACUUUGGCCUUGGUUCCAGGAAUAUUUUUGAGCAUUAACCCCCCCCCCACACACACACACACACAAAAGCAUGCCCAACAGAUAAAGUCUCAGAACAUAUGCACAGGUUAUUGUUUAAAUUUUGUGUUUUAAAACAUUCUAAAAAGGGUAAUGCUUAUGCAGUUUAGACAAGUCUGCUUUUAUUUAAUUUUCUUUGUGAAAUAUCUUCUCAUAUAAAUAGCUGGUUAAUAGGCCACUACCUAACUCCAGGAAUAUUUGUAUUACUGCUUUACAGAGCUAAAUGUUAGGACAUAUAUUGCUCUAAAAUUAUGUCAUUGCUUGGCAAUCAGUCUCCUAUAAUUGUUUUAGUACAUAAUGUACACUGGAAAUGCCAGCACAUGUGCAGGAGGACCAGAUGCAUUUAGUUAAUAUGAGGGGGGAACGAUUGUACGUUUUGGCUUCACAUGUUAAACUUUUUUUUUUAAAAAAAAAGUUGCAUGAUUGGAAAAUAACAUGUAUACAGUAUCUGUAAAACUGUUUUAUCUGUUUUUGUUUCACCAUGUCAAGCCAUAUAAAUUGGAAAAAUAUUAAAUCCACAGCCUGUAUGCAUGGCUGUCUUUAUAUACUGAAGAAUUGAACAGUAUAUACUUUUAAUUUAGGCAUUCUUGCACUUUCAUGUUGCAUUCUUACUGAGGAUUUUGUAAAUUAGAUUCUGCCCUGGAUGAAUAUACUACCUUACUACACAAAGAUUGGAAACACGUUUGAUUUUAAAAUCUUCCCCUUUCCAAAUGAAGUAGAGAUGCAGUGCUUACUCCACUUGGUGUUAGUAGAUAUUGCCUUGUGUAUUCCUUUUUAAAUUGUAAUCUAGUUUGUAAAAGAGAUGGUGCCGCAUGUAAAUAAAGCAUAAUGGAUCUCUA